AUGGCGGGGCCGAGCCCGCGGUCCGGAGCCCUGGAGCGCGCCGGCAGCUGCUGGCAGGACCCGCUGGCCGAGGCGCUGAGCCGGGGCCGGCCGCUCGCUGCGUCCCCCGGUCGGGGCUGUGCGCGAAGCCGGCCGCUCAGCGUGGUCUACGUGCUGACCCGGGAGCCGCUGCCGGAGGUAGAACCCGAGACCGGAGCCGAGGCGGAGCCGCUGCCUCUGCGCUGCCUGCGUGAGGCCUGCGCACAGCUCCCCGGACCGCGGCCGCGACCUCAGUUGCGCAGCCUGCCUUUUGGAACCCUGGCACUGGGAGACACCGCAGCUCUCGAUUCGUUUUACAACGCGGACAUGGUGGUGCUUGAGGUGAGCAGCUCCCUGGCACAGCCCUCCCUGUUCUACCACCUGGGUGUGAGGGAGAGCUUCAGCAUGACCAACAACGUGCUCCUCUGCUCUCAGGCCGACCUCCCUGACCUGCAGGCCCUGCGGGAGGACAUUUUCCAGAAGAACUCGGAUUGCAUUGGCAGCUACACGCUGAUCCCCUACGUGGUGACAGCCACCGGUCGGGUGCUGUGUGGCGAUGCAGGCCUCCUGAGGGGCCUGGCUGAUGGGCUGCUCCAGGCUGGGGUGGGCACAGAGGCCCUGCUCACACCCCUGGUGGGCCGGCUGGCCCGCCUGCUGGAGGCCACGCCCACGGACUCUUGUGGCUACUUCCGGGAGACCAUUCGGCAGGACAUCCGGAGGGCGCGGGAGCGGUUCAGCGGGCCGCAGCUGCGGCAGGAGCUGGCUCGCCUGCAGCGGAGACUGGACAGUGUGGAGCUGCUGAGCCCCGACAUCAUCAUGAACCUGCUGCUCUCCUACCGGGAUGUGCAGGACUAUUCAGCCAUCAUUGACCUGGUGGAGACCCUGCAGGCCUUGCCCACCUGUGACGUGGCUGAGCAGCAUAAUGUGUGCUUCCACUACACCUUUGCCCUCAACCGGAGGAACAGGCCUGGGGACCGGGAGAAGGCACUGGCCGUGCUGCUGCCACUGGUACAGGUAGAGGGCCCCGUGGCACCUGAUCUGUACUGCAUGUGUGGCCGUAUCUACAAGGACAUGUUCUUCAGCUCUGGCUUCCAGGAUGCUGGGCAUCGGGAGCAGGCAUAUCACUGGUAUCGCAAGGCUUUUGACAUAGAGCCCAGCCUUCACUCGGGCAUCAAUGCCGCUGUGCUCCUCAUUGCCGACGGGCAGCGCUUUGAGGACUCCGAGGAGCUCCGGCUCAUAGGCAUGAAGCUGGGCUGCCUGCUGGCCCGAAAAGGCUGCGUGGAGAAGAUGCAGUAUUACUGGGAUGUUGGCUUCUACCUGGGAGCUCAGAUCCUCGCCAAUGACCUCACUCAGGUGGCACUGGCCGCAGAGCAGCUGUACAAGCUCAACGCCCCCAUAUGGUACCUGGUGUCUGUGAUGGAAACCUUCCUGCUGUAUCAGCACUUCAGACCCACACUAGAGCUUCCUGGAGAAGCCCCCCACGGUGCCCACUUCUGGCUCCACUUCUUGUUACAGUCCUGCCAGCCACUCAAGACGGCUUGUCCCCAAGGGGACCAGUGCUUGGUGCUGGUCCUGGAGAUGAAUAAGGUGCUGCUGCCCGCCAGGCUGGAGGUUCAGGGUACAAACCCGGUGAGCGCGGUGACCCUGAGCCUGCUGGAGCCGGAGAAGCAGGUGAAGUCGCCGGACGUUCCCUCCAGCUGGACCUUCCCGGUGGCCUCCAUCAGCGGCGUCAGCGUCUCGAAGCGGGACGAGCGCUGCUGCUUCCUCUACGCGCCGCCUCCGGCUCAGGACUUCCAGCUGUGCUUCCCCAGCGCCGGGCACUGUCAGUGGUUCUGCGGCAUGAUCCAGGCCUUGGUGAAGAGUCCGGACUCCGGGGCGCCCGCAGAGGAGACGGAGGGCGUUGGGGAGGUGUUGGAGUUUGAUUACGAGUACACGGAGUCGGGUGAGCGGCUGGUGCUGGGCAAGGGCACGUACGGGGUGGUGUACGCUGGUCGCGAUCGGCACACUCGCGUGCGCAUCGCCAUCAAGGAGAUCCCUGAGCGGGACAGCAGGUUCUCUCAGCCGCUGCACGAAGAGAUCGCUCUGCACAAACGCCUACGCCACAAGAACAUCGUGCGCUAUCUGGGCUCCGUCAGCCAGGGCGGCUACCUCAAGAUUUUCAUGGAGGAAGUGCCUGGAGGCAGCCUGUCUUCCUUGCUGCGAUCAGUGUGGGGACCCCUGCAGGACAACGAGAGCACCAUCAGUUUCUACACCCGCCAGAUCCUGCAGGGACUCAGCUAUCUGCACGACAACCACAUUGUGCAUCGAGAUAUCAAGGGGGACAACGUGCUGAUCAACACCUUCAGCGGGUUGCUCAAGAUUUCUGACUUUGGCACCUCCAAGCGACUAGCAGGCAUCACACCCUGCACUGAGACCUUCACAGGGACCCUACAGUAUAUGGCCCCAGAAAUCAUUGACCAGGGCCCACGAGGGUAUGGGAAGGCAGCAGACAUCUGGUCACUGGGCUGCACAGUCAUCGAGAUGGCCACAGGUCGCCCACCCUUCCACGAGCUAGGGAGCCCGCAGGCUGCCAUGUUUCAGGUGGGCAUGUACAAGGUGCAUCCGCCAAUGCCCGGUUCUCUGUCAGCUGAGGCUCAAGCCUUCCUCCUCCGAACUUUUGAGCCCGACCCCCGCCUCCGAGCCAGUGCUCAAGCGCUGCUGGCAGACCCCUUCCUGCAGCCUGGGAAGAGGAGCCGCAGCCCGGGCUCCCCCAGGCAAGCUCUAAGAUCCUCAGAGGCGCCAUCUGCUAGCCCCGCUCCUUCAGCGGACUCCACGUCCCAGUCCCAGACAUUCCCGCGCCCUCAGGCACCCUCUCAGCACCCUCCCAGUCCCCCCAAGCGCUGCCUCAGUUAUGGGGACACCAGCCAGCUCCGGGUGCCCGAGGAGCCUGGGGCUGACGAGCCCGCGUCCCCUGAGGAGAGUUCGGGGCUGAGCCUCUUGCAUCAAGAGAGUAGGCGCCGGGCCACGCUGGCCACGGUACUGGAGCAGGAGCUGCCGGCCCUGGCGGAGAGCCUGCGCCUGGAGCAGGAACAGGGUCCCCGUCUGGAGAGGAGUCACGUGGAACAGCUACUGCUCUGCCUCCGGGCGCACAUCCACUCUCCUAACCGUCGGCAGCUGGCCCAGGAGCUGCGGGGACUCCAAGGGCAGCUUCGGGCCCAGGGCCUUGAGCCCGAGCUUCUGCAAGGACCGCUCUUCGCCUUCCCAGAUGAGGUGAAGCAGGUCCUCCGCAGGCGCCAGAUCCGCCCACACUGGAUGUUCGUGCUGGACUCGCUGCUCAGCCGCGCUGUGAGGGCGGCCCUGGCCGUGCUGGCCCCAGAGGCGGAGAAGGAGGCGGUCCCACCGAAGUCGGAAGAGGCCAGUAACGCAGAGGAGUCCGAACCCAAGCAGCAGGAGACCCCAGCCGAGCGGAGCCCUCUCCUGGGGGAACCGGAGCAGGGCACCCCUUCUCUGAUGGUGCAGCUGGGCCUCUUACGAGCAGAGACCGAUAGGCUUCGAGAUGUUCUGGCUGAGAAGGAAAGGGAAUGCCAGGCCUUGGUGCAACUAGCCCUCCAGCGGGUCAGUGGGGAGGCCAGGACCUGUGCCCUGGCUUCAGAGCCCCCAGUGGCUCUCACGGUGGACCAGGGCCUGGUGCAGUGGCUACAGGACCUGAAUGUGGAUUCAGGCACCAUCCAGACGCUACUGAACCACAGCUUCACCCUCCAUGCCCUGCUGACCUGUGCCACUAGAGAUGACCUCAUCUACACUCGUAUCAGGGGAGGGAUGACAUGCCGCAUCUGGAGAGCCAUCUUGGCACAGCGAACAAGAUCCACGCCGGUUACCCCUGGCCCCCAGGAGGGCGAAUGAGGACAUCCAAGGCAGGAGGCCAGAUCCAAGGAUGGAUGAAUGGAGGAAACACAAGAGGCUUCUGACAUACCUGCCCCAGGACCCAGCAGCAACUGGAGGAGUCCAGGUGGGUGGGGGGCAGGGUAGGCGCCAGGCCUCUAGCCCCAGUGGGGAGAACCAAUCACAGAUGUGCCUCAAGCUCACGAGGGCCACCAG